AUGGCCGAGGGCGGCGGGGGCGCGCGGAGGAGGGCGCCGGCGCUGCUCGAGGCGGCCCGCGCGCGCUACGAGAGCCUGCACAUCUCGGACGACGUGUUCGGCGAGUCGGGCCCGGACAGCGGCGGGAACCCCUUCUACAGCACGUCGGCAGCCUCGCGCUCCUCCUCGGCCGCCUCCUCGGACGACGAACACGAGCGCCCCGGCCCCCCGCCGCCGCCCGGUGCCCCCGAUGCGCAGGAGGCCGAGGAGGACGAGGCCGGCGCGGGCUGGAGCGCCACGCUGCGGGAUCGUCCGCCCCCGCGCUUCGAGGACACCGGCGGUCCAACCCGAAAGAUGCCCCCCAGCGCAAGUGCCAUGGACUUCUUCCAGCUCUUUGUCCCCGACAACGUGCUCAAGAACAUGGUGGUGCAGACGAACAUGUACGCCAAGAAGUUCCAGGAGCGCUUCGGCAGCGACGGCGCCUGGGCCGAGGUGACGCUGACGGAGAUGAAGGCGUUCCUGGGCUACAUGAUCUCCACCAGCAUCUCCCACUGCGAGUCGGUCCUCAGCAUCUGGAGCGGCGGCUUCUACAGCAACAGGAGCCUCGCCCUGGUCAUGAGCCAGGCCCGCUUCGAGAAGAUCCUCAAGUACUUCCACGUGGUGGCCUUCCGCUCCAGCCAGACCACGCACGGCCUCUACAAGGUCCAGCCCUUCCUUGACUCCCUGCAGAACGGCUUCGACGCUGCCUUCAGGCCUUCCCAAACCCAGGUGCUACAUGAACCCCUGAUUGACGAGGACCCUGUGUUCAUCGCCACGUGCACAGAGCGGGAACUGCGAAAGAGGAAAAAGCGGAAAUUCAGCCUCUGGGUCAGGCAGUGUUCUUCCACCGGCUUCAUCAUCCAGAUUUACGUCCACUUGAAGGAAGGCGGGGGCCCAGAUGGGCUGGAUGCGCUCAAGAAUAAGCCCCAGCUGCACAGCAUGGUCGCCCGGAGCCUGUGCCGGAACGCGGCGGGCAAGAACUACAUCAUCUUCACGGGGCCCAGCAUCACCAGCCUGAGCCUGUUUGAGGAGCUGGAAAAGCAAGAGAUCUACUGCUGCGGCCUGCUCAGCUCCAGGAAGAGCGACUGCACCGGCCUGCCCCCGUCCAUGCUGAGCAACCCCGCCACGCCCCCGGCCCGGGGCCAGCACCGCAUCAAGAUGAAGGGGAACAUGUCCCUGAUCUGCUGGUACAACAAAGGGCACUUCCGCUUCCUGACCAACGCCUACUCGCCCGUGCAGCAAGGCUUCAUCAUCAAGAGGAAGAGCGUGGAGAUCCCCUGCCCCUUGGCUGUGGAGGCGUUUGCCGCCCACCUCAGCUACAUCUGCAGAUAUGACGACAAGUAUAGCAAGUAUUUCAUUUCUCAUAAACCGAACAAGACCUGGCAACAGGUGUUCUGGUUCGCCAUCAGCAUCGCGAUCAACAACGCCUACAUCCUGUACAAGAUGUCAGACGCCUACCACGUGAAGAGGUACAGCCGGGCGCAGUUCGGCGAGAGACUGGUGAGGGAGCUGCUGGGUCUGGAGGAAGCCUCCCCAGCCCACUGAUGCGGGGCGGCUGGGCCUGGUGAGGACCGGGCCCUGGAGGCCGGAGGAGGGACAGAGCCUGCCGUUCUGACCUGCCCAGCCGGAGCCCUGCGGGCACCCCUCUCCCGCGCCUGGGGAGUGGCCCCAGCCUGGAGGGGUGCCCACGGCUUCCACGGGGACCAGGGUGGGCCUGGUCAGAGGACGGCCGCCGUCCAGGUUCCCAUUCAAAGAAGAGCAUGUCCUCCCUCCAGAAGAAGCCUCCCACCCAGGGCCAGGGCGGGCGCCUCACCCAGUCCCCACGUGCCGGCCGGGGCGCUGCAUCCUCGGGACACCCGUGGAGCUCAGCUUGGCACAGGGGACCUGGGGAGGCCGUUGCCCGUGGUGGUGCCAGGGAUGGGAUGAGCCGUAGCCUGUCCUGCUAGAAAUGCCUGCUGUGCAAAGAUGUGAAAACAUUUAUGACACGGUUCAGUUUCCUGCCGCGUCCGAUGGUGACCAAGGCAGGCAGAGGCGGGCGCUGCACCGCUGAGGCCGUGCAGGCGUGUGCAGGCGUCCAGAGCGCCCUCCGGCACCUGCCUCCUGCAGGCGGCUGGGAACGGGAAACGCAAACUGGGUGCCAUUAAAACAUAGGGGUGGAGUGGAGGAGCGGUCGCCUGUCCCGAUGCGUAAAUGAGGCGUUCCUAACUCAUUUCAUCUCCCUGGCUGGCGGGCGGGGGAGAAAGGGAAGAUGCCAAUGGAAUCGCAGUGAUGUGUGAUGCUGUUUUUUAUUUUUAAAUAUAUCUUCAGGUUAUUUUCUUACUGUUGCUUAAGAUCUUCUGUAAAAGGAAAACGUCCCCCUUCUUUUCUGCCCCCUCCCCUCACCCUAGCUGUGACUGUUUGCAGGGUCACGGUUCGGUUUUCUGGGCCCCGUGACCGUGUCAGGACCAGAAAGGGCAGCCUGCUUCCAGAACAGACAUCGCUCCCCUCCAUCAGGGAGCACGGGGUGGUGGGGAGCCUGUGGCCCUUAAGCUUUGCCACAGACCUGAUCGUUGGCAGAAUUACUUGUUUGGGAAAACAUGGAGCAUGGCUGAAACACACACCAAAAUGUCUGUGGGUAACAUGGGCUCAUUCUCUUGCCCCGUGUGUGGUAACCUGGCUGGGUUGGCCAUCUGACACCAUUGCCCCAGAGCCCCGCGGCUGGCCUGGGCAGAGCCCGGAAGGCGGCCGGGUGACCAGCUUCAUUGGGUGCGAUCUCCCCGUGGGACCGAGAGAAGCACACACCGGGCUGCUGGCACCAAGGGCUCCUCUACUUCCCAGGACAUCUGGGGCUCCUUCUGAGCCCAGGCCCACGUGUGCCUGGGGGAGACCUCGGCCAGGGCGUCCCCUGUCUGACCGUCCCCCGUAGAGAAGAAGCGAAUGAUUCUUGGAGUUACACGAUCCGUGUCAGCCCCGGUUUACGUAGCCCCCUCGUUUUGUUUUUGUUUUUACAAAUGCAAAAUCUAUUCUACUCAGGCUUUGGGACUUUUUUCCUUGUUCACACUCAGUUCAUUAAACGUGUUGCUGGCAGCAUGCUCCCGAACCCCACGCCAUUCCUGUAGCCUGCAUUCGUGACGACAUCCCCUCGCCCUGUGGUUUGAAUUCGAUGCCACGGAUUGUAGGCCAAAUUGUAAAUUGUGUUUAAAAACACCUUCGCCGUGUCCUUUAAUUGGAUUGAAAGCACUUUUACCACAUGGAGAAAUAUAUUUUUAAUUUGUGAUGCUUUUCUACAAGGUCCACUAUUUCUGAGUUUAAUGUGUUUCCGACACUUAGGGAGACUAAUGAAAGCUGAUGAAUUUUCUUUUCUGUCCAAAUAAGUAAAGGAAAAAAAUAAAAGUCUAUUUAGAUGCUGAUUCUUUGUGAAGACGUGAAUUUGUUUAACAGGGCAGGGACGAGGAGCACCUGGCUGGCGCAGCUGUUAGAG